GCUCGCGGAAGCAGCAGCCGCCGCCCGACCGCAGAUAUGGAAGACAGCAGCAGUAUUGCCAUGUUGGUGCCAGAUACAGGGGAACAAGAAACUAUAUUGACGGCUGAAGGUAUCAUCACUCCUUCAUUAGAAAUCGAUGAGCAAAGAAAAGCUAAAGCAGAUCCAUUAAUUCAUGUUAUACAGAAGUUAAGCAAGAUAGUGGAGCAUGAAAAGUCACAAAAAUGUCUUCUGAUUGGGAAAAAACGCUCACGUUCAAAUACUACAGCACACUGUCUUGAAACCCAAGAACUUUGUGAAAUUCCAGCAAAAGUAACCCAGUCACCUGCUGCUGACAUUAGAAAGGCUGAGAUGUCUCAAGCAAAUUUCACACCUGACUCUCUUGCCCAGAAUGAUGGGAAGGCAAUGUCUUACCAGUGUAGCCUUUGUAAGUUUCUGUCAUCCUCUUUUUCUGUGUUAAAAGACCAUAUCAAGCAGCAUGGUCAGCAGAAUGAAGUGAUAUUAAUGUGCUCAGAGUGCCAUAUUACAUCCAAAAGCCAAGAGGAGCUUGAAGCUCACGUGGUAAAUGACCAUGAAAAUGAAGCCAAUAGUCACAUCCAGUCCAAAGCCCAACAGUGCAUAAGCCCCUCCAACUCCUCAUGUCCAAGAACCACUGAAAGAAAUAAUGAAACCAUUCCUGACAUCCCAAUAAACGUGGAUAGUUCGCAAACUCAUACUGUACAAACUUCAUCCGUGACUGAAAUGGGUAGGAGGAAAUGGUAUGCAUAUGAACAAUAUGGCAUGUAUCGAUGCUUGUUUUGUAGUUAUACUUGUGGCCAGCAGAGAAUGUUGAAAACACAUGCUUGGAAACAUGCAGGGGAAGUUGACUGCUCCUAUCCAAUCUUUGAAAAUGAAAAUGAGCCUCUCGGCUUGCUGGAUUCUUCAGUAUCUGCUGCACCAGGUGGGGUUGAUGCAGUAGUCAUUGCUAUUGGAGACAGUGAACUGAGUAUCCACAAUGGACCAUCAGUACAAGUGCAAAUUUGCAGCUCAGAACCGUUGUCGUCAUCUUCAUCUCCUUUAGAACAUAGUGCAGAAGGGGGCAUAGACCUAAGUCAGUCAGUUACCCUUGACCCUAAUGAGGAAGAAAUGCUAGAGGUGAUCUCUGAUUCAGAGGAGAAUCUGAUUGCUGAUAGCCUACUUUCAUCGGCACAGAAAAUCAUCAGCAGUAGCCCAAAUAAAAAAGGUCAUGUUAAUGUGAUAGUGGAGCGUUUACCAAGUGCAGAAGAAACACUUUCACAGAAACAUUUCCUCAUGAAUACUGAAAUUGAAGAAGGGAAAAACUUGAACCCAACAGAAACCCAGACUGGCUGUGGAGAAACUGAUGACAUUUAUCAUGCUGACAAAUGUACUGUUGACAUUGGGGGGUUGAUCAUAGGCUGGAGCAAUCCAGAAAAGAAAGACAGUGAGUUAAUAAGUAAAGGCUUAGCUACUGAUGAAAAUGCCCCACCUGGCCGAAGAAGGACAAAUUCUGAGUCCCUUAGACUACAUUCAUUAGCUGCAGAAGCCCUUGUCACAAUGCCUAUACGAGCUGUAGAACUAACAAGAGCCAAUCUUGGACAUUAUGGGGAUAUAAACCUCUUAGAUCCAGAUACUGGACAAAAGCAAGUAGAUAAUCCAUUGGCAGCAUAUUCAAAAAUGAUGUCACCGCUUAAAAACUCUUCAGAUGGCUUAACUAGUUUUAACCAAAGCAACUCUACCUUGGUAGCACUUCCAGAGGGUAGACAGGAAUUGUCAGAUGGACAAGUUAAGACAGGCAUCAGCAUGUCCCUACUUACUGUAAUUGAAAAAUUGAGAGAAAGGACAGAUCAAAAUGCUUCAGAUGAUGACAUUUUGAAAGAGUUGCAGGACAAUGCCCAGUGCCAACCCAACAGUGAUACAAGUUUGUUGGGAACCAAUGUGGUAGAAUAUAUCCCUAAUGCUGAACGGCCUUACCGUUGUCGCCUAUGUCACUAUACAAGUGGUAACAAGGGUUACAUCAAGCAGCAUCUACGAGUUCAUCGACAGAGACAGCCAUAUCAGUGUCCUAUUUGUGAGCACAUAGCUGACAACAGCAAAGAUUUGGAGAGCCACAUGAUCAACCACUGUAAAACAAGAAUAUACCAAUGUAAACAAUGUGAAGAAUCCUUUCAUUAUAAGAGUCAGCUGAGGAAUCAUGAGAGAGAACAGCACAGCCUUCCAGACACCUUGUCAAUAGCAGCUUCUAAUGAGCCAAGAAUUUCCACUGAUACAACUGAUGGAAAAUGUGUUCAGGAAGGGAGUAAGUCUUCAACCCAGAAACAGUAUAGAUGUGAUGUGUGCGAUUAUACAAGUACAACAUACGUUGGUGUCAGAAACCACAGACGAAUUCAUAACUCUGACAAGCCGUACAGAUGUUCUCUAUGUGGGUAUGUGUGCAGCCAUCCUCCGUCUUUGAAGUCUCAUAUGUGGAAGCAUGCAAGUGACCAAAAUUACAACUAUGAACAAGUAAACAAGGCUAUUAAUGAUGCAAUUUCACAAAGUGGCAGAGUUCUGGGGAAAUCCUCUGGAAAAACUCUAUUAAACAGCAGUGAAGAGAGAGCCGAUCCUGUCACUGGAAAUUCAGAAAAUUUGGUGUCAUCCUCCGAGCUGAUUUCCCAAGCACCCAGUGAAGUCAUAGAUCCCAAUGAGAAUGAGAAACUGAGCCCUACGAAUAAUACCUCAUAUAGUUUAGAAAAGAACUCCAGUCUAGCCCCUCCUGGAAUGGAGUAUUGCGUUUUGCUCUUCUGUUGUUGCAUUUGUGGUUUUGAAUCAACCAGCAAAGAAAAUCUCUUGGAUCAUAUGAAAGAGCAUGAGGGUGAAAUUGUAAACAUCAUCCUAAAUAAAGACCACAGCACAGCUGUAAACACAAAUUAGCUGGAAUAGUUAACCACAGUUUCACCUUUGUGCUGUCAGAUAACUAACCUACUAGAUGCAGAAAAACUAGUUGGUGUGAGAGGAAGUGACAGGUGUGACUUUGGAACCAAACUUGUGAUGUAAUAAAAUGAAUUCCAAAUGGAUAAACAGUAAUAUUUAAAUAUUUUGAGUGAGGGGAAGUGGGUUGAGGAGGAACAAAGAUGUAAUCGGUAUUAAUCCUCUGUCACCCCUUCUUAGUGUUGAGUGUAUUUAUUAUUAAAAGCUUAUUAUAGUUUAGACAUACAUGCAAGCAAAAGUUAAGAAAGGGCUUUUCAGGAACUCUUCUAAAACUUGUUAUAAAAGUGUCACAGUCUUAGCAGAGCUUAACUUUCUUGUGUUUACUUUUGACAUGCGAGCUCUGGAAUCGCUGGGUCUCUUGUGAGAAUGGCACAUAGCUUCUAGAGGGGUUUUUUUCAGAGUCUACAAGGAAGCAGAUAGAGGGCUUUGAAAUGAUCCACUUAAAUCUUCCCCUGGAUUUAUCAUAUA